GCGCUGUUGGCCUGCGACGUUGCGACUCCGCCGCGGACGUCUCGAGGGCAGCCCCCAACCCGCAUCCCCUCUCCGCACCCCGUCCGCUCUGCGUGACGUGCAUUUGCGCCGGUCACAGUCAUGAAGGGCUUCAGGCAAAGGGUUCAUGAACAGCUCUCACGGGCAAAGGAUAACAAGUCAUCUAAGAAGAAAGACUCGACCUCCGGCACCGCCUCGCCCUCGCUCGGCGCCUCCAACUCGCCCUCCAACUCGGCCCAGCCCACGCCGUCCUCGUCCCAGACGCAGCUCGCAGACGCGCGGAGCAAGAUCCAAUCGCCCGCCGACGGUUCUCCCGGACCCGCAGGCCCACCUCAGCCCGGCCAGUCGGGCGGACCUGCCCCUGCGCCUGCCGGCGCACUGUUUGGGCCCCAGGGCCUGAUGAACGCAGGCGCUGCUGCCACUGCCAAUGCCGGCGCUGCUGGCCCUGGCACCUCCCACAGACUCGGGCAGCCUCUGGCCCCCAGUGUCGUCAUCAGCCCAAGCGCUCCCCACAUCCCUCCUCCAGGUGCCGCUGAGACCAUGCCCGGCGACCUCGCACCCCCGAAGGCUGGCGCCAAAUCCGGCAUUUUCGAUCGUCUACAAGCAACGCCCAAGGACAACAUCGAGGGCGUCAGGACGCCGAAGCGACAGCACUCGUCACGAUUCGACAUCUCCGACCAACGCCAGCGAGAGUUGGAGAAGCUGCCAGGGUUCCACGAAGUGCCCCCGAACAAGCGGGAAGAGCUCUUCGUGCAGAAGAUCGACCAGUGUAACAUCAUUUUCGAUUUCAACGAUGCCAGUGGUGAUAUGAAGUCGAAGGAAAUCAAGCGUCUAGCUUUGCACGAGCUGCUCGACUAUGUCGCCAACAACCGGCAGGUCAUCACCGAGAAGAUGUACCCCCUUGUAGUACAAAUGUUCGCCAAGAAUCUGUUCCGCCCUAUCCCACCUCCCAUGAACCCCCAGGGCGAGGCGUUUGACCCCGAGGAAGACGAGCCCGUGCUCGAAGUCGCAUGGCCGCACAUUCAGGUCGUCUACGAGUUCUUCCUGCGUUUCAUCGAAAGCCAGGACUUCAACACGAACAUUGCCAAAGCAUAUAUAGACCACAGUUUCGUGCUCAACCUCCUUGAACUGUUUGAUUCUGAAGACCCUCGCGAACGCGAUUUCUUGAAGACUACACUCCAUCGCAUAUAUGGCAAAUUCCUCAACCUCCGCUCAUACAUUCGCCGGUCCAUCAACAACGUCUUCUUCCAAUUUAUCUACGAGACUGAGCGGUUCAACGGCAUCGCGGAGCUUCUUGAAAUCCUCGGUUCAAUCAUCAAUGGUUUUGCGCUGCCACUAAAGGAGGAACAUAAGCUCUUCCUCACAAGAGUGCUCAUUCCAAUGCAUAAAGUCAAGGGUUUGAGCAUGUAUCACCCGCAAUUGGCUUACUGCAUCGUUCAGUUUUUGGAAAAAGAUGCUGCCUUGACAGAAGAGGUUGUACUUGGUCUUUUGCGCUAUUGGCCAAAAGUCAACAGCACCAAGGAAGUCAUGUACCUCAACGAAGUGGAGGACAUCUUUGAGGUCAUGGACCCUGCCGAAUUCGCAAAGGUCCAGGAGCCCCUUUUCAAUCAGCUGGCGAAGUCGGUAGCCAGCCCUCACUUCCAGGUUGCUGAGCGCGCACUCUAUUUCUGGAACAACGAGUACUUCUGCAAUCUUGUCAGUGACAAUGUUGAGGUCAUCUUGCCUAUCAUGUUCGCUCCUCUGUACGAAAACUCCAAAGGACAUUGGAACCGAACAAUUCAUGGCAUGGUCUACAACGCCAUGAAAUUGUUCAUGGAAGUGAACCCACAGCUCUUCGACGAUUGUUCGCACGACUACGCGGAAUCUCAGAACAAUGCAGGCCAAAGGCAACAGAGUCGGCAGGAUCGUUGGGACAAGCUUGCCAAGCUUGCUGAGGAUCGUCAAAACGGAAAGAUGGAAAACGCAGGUUCGACGGGCACCAAAGCAGCCUCAACAAUGCGGUUAGAUGACUCGGAUCCGCUCAGCCAAGGUCGACUGGAGAACCUGCGGCUGCAAGACGACGGGUCGGCAUCAAGAGACAAGCGGCCGAAGGAUUACGAGCGAGCGAGCAGCCAGACUUCGGUACGUUGAUUCUCACGUCCUUGGAACUCAGGAUGAGGAUUCUCUGUGGGCGAAUCAAUGUACUCUUAAUUCUAUUCCUAGAUUUCUAGGUCUUCUUCUUGUUCAAGACUUGUAUUAGGUUCAGGUGGAAUCUGACGAUUAUGCUUGCGAUUUCUGCAGCGCCGGC